AAGCCAUCCACCAUCACACUACUUACUCCUACCAUCAAUCACUUCCACCUCCGAUCCCAACAACUAUCUGAUCCAAAUCCCCUCUCUGUCGCGAGCUACCUGCUGCAACCCACCCAGUCAGAUCUACUUAUCUCUUCCUCUUCUCCGAGCCUGCAAGACUUCUUCGAUUCCAAGACCCGCCGUCAGCUACCAUGUCGACUAAUCCGCCUCCCACCGCUCCCACGCUCAUCAACCUCCCGCCUCCGCCUUCGGAUCCCGUCACUCCGUCCGAUGUCCCCGGCACUCCCAACUCCACCACGACAUCCAUGUCCGAGCUCAGCACCGUAGCCAUUAAAGACGGCCACCGCGGGCACCUGCCCCACCACCAGCAAAACCCCCUCGACGCCGAGCGCGCGGACCGCAUAUCGCGGCUGGCGGGGCUCGAGCGCGUGACGGCGGGCAGCGGCGGGCGCAGCAGCCUGACGCCCGGCUCGGCCGCCUACGGGCACUACUCGAGCGGGGGCGCGUCGGCGGCGCAACAAGCUGCGCAGCAGGCGCAGCAGCAGGGCUUUGGCGGGGGCGGCGCGCCCGCCCAGGGCUACUUCGACGCAAACAACACGCCGCACAUUACGCGCGAGCGCAGCACGGUCGGCUCGGCCUCGGCCACGGGCAGCAUCGGCGGCCGCACCACCUGGGCCUCGGGCUCGGACGCCGGCUACGAUGGCACCAGCGUCGCUGACCGCAUGAGCGAGGACGCCUCGUACACCGCCGACGAGACGUCGAGCAUGGGCGGCUUCAGCGACGAGGGCGCCGGCAGCCUCGUCGGCUUCGGCGAGGGGGCGCGCACGCCGGCGCGCCAACAGCAGCAGCAGCAGGGGCUUGCAGGCGCGUCGGGCGUCCCGCUGCCGGCGCACAUGCGCGCGGAUAUGCCGCAGACGACGUCGUCGUCGGCGAUGAUGAUGGGCGGCACUGGCGGUGGUGACAGCGGGGCUAGCACGCCCAGCACGCCCGAGGCGCAGGCCCAGAUGCUCGACGCGAAACGCAUCGAUGGCGUCACGUUUGAUGGGAGCGCUAUGGACACGACGACUGCGACGCCGCCGCCUGCGACGGGGGAUCAGAGGGCUGGUGCUGCGACGGCUGAGGCGUGGAUGCGGAGGCAGGAGGAGGGGGAGCGGGAGAGGGCGUUGUAA